AUGGCGUUCACCGGGGCCAAAAACCAUGCUGCUGCGCAUGAGGAGCGCGUCGACGAGGGUGUCCAUGCCGAACCCGCCUUGGAUCCCGUUCACCAUCCUACUGGGUUUUGGAACUGGCGGCUCAUCGUUAACAUGAUAAUUAUCGGGCUCUCUCUGGGUCUGUACGGCUACGACAAUAACUUUGUCGCACCUCUUCUGGCGCUACCUCUCUUCAUCCUCAAGUACCAGGGACACGGGCCCGCAUUUACUGUGAGUGUGAUGUUAUGGAUCCUCCUUCCAAUACUGUCACUGACUUCCAUAUUGGCCCGGAACCUGGACUUGAUUGUCACAGUACCGCUCGUAGGAGCUGCAAGUGGCUCUUUUGUUGCUGUGCCUCUGAUGAAACGCAUCGGGCGGAAGAAGACCAUGAUGUUGGCAUACUUCUGCCUGUGUACGCCUGGUUCGAUCCUGCAAGUCUUUGCACCCAACAUUGGCGCACUGGUGGUAGGCAGGUUCUGGAACUAUGUCGGGAUCAGCGUCUUGACCACCACGGCACCACUCUACCUCACUGAACUGGUGCCUGCCCAUAUCCGGGCCCGAGCGGUUGGCUUCUGUGUUGCGGGAGUAUGUGUGGUGGCUAUUAUCGCCACUACCAUCGUUUGGGGGACCGAAAAGAUCGAUGACAGUCGUCAGUACAAGGUGCCCCUUGCCAUCCAGGCCACCUGUCCUGUUGUAUUUGGCGUUCUGAUGCUGUUCUGCUACGAGUCACCGCUCUGGUACGUUCAAAAUGGCAAGCUGGACGACGCGCGACGGGCGCUCAUGGCACUUCGCAAUAAUGCCACGGAGCUCGUUGAGACUGAGCUAUCCCUCAGCCAGGCGGCCGUUGUUGCCGAGCGUGAACGGCGUGAGCAGUCUAGAUUCUGGGACAUCCUGAAUCGCACCCACUUGCAACGCACACUGACCGCUGGCACGCUCCUAUGUUCCGGUCAGGUAGGCGGCCAGAUCCUCAUGCAGACAUACUCGACAGUCAUCCUUGUGCAAAGCGGCGUCGCCGACCCAUUCCAAAUCACCAUCAUCAUCACAUGCUUGCAGUUUCUCGGCACCAUGGUCGGUCCUGUACUGGUUGACAAGGUCGGUCGAAGACCCGUCGCACUGGCGGGGUUCUCGAUUCUCUUCGUCUUGGACAUGGCCGCGGGCAGUCUCGCUGCUGCGGGUUUGACGACGAAAGGCCAACAGCUGGGUCUCGCGGCGGUAUUCAUCGUCUUUGCUUUCUUCAACGCCGCGUCAUUCCAGUCACUGGCCUUCCUUCUCCCGGCAGAGAUCCCUACGCCGUCCCUCCGGGAACCGACAAUGGCGUGGUCGACCUUCUGGUCAUACUGCACGGCCGUGAUAACGACCUUUGCCGUGCCACAGAUCACCGCCCCAGAUGCCGGCAAUCUCGGGGCCCAAGCCGCGUUCAUCUUCGGGGGGUGCGUCUUCGUCACGGUCAUCUGGUCGUACUUUUACAUCCCGGAAACCAUGGCGCGCUCUGCUGCCGAAAUCGACGAGAUGUACGCUGCCAAGUUGCCCAUGCGGAAGUGGAGAGGGUACAAGAGCCAGACCGUGAGGGAGGUGAUGGUGGACGUGCGACGAGAGAGCGUGGAGAAAGAAGCCGCCCACCCAGGAAGCCCGGCAUGA